UCUUCAAUGAAAUAGACCUGACAGAUCUCAGCCUAGCAGAGUGCAGUAUUAAGAAUGUUAAUCACAGCUUUCAGAUCAUCACCCCAUUCCGUAACUUGAUAGUAUGUGCGGACUCGCGGAAGGAGAUGGAAGACUGGAUACAGGCUCUUAGAAUAUCUGGCAACAGAGAGUUUUAUGAGCCUGGUAUUGAGCAUCGCGCAAUGAUGUCAGGACAGCAUCACUGGUACGCAUGUUCGCAUGCACGACCAACGUACUGUAACGUGUGCAGGGAAGCUUUGUCUGGUGUCACGUCCCAUGGACUCUCUUGUGAAGUCUGUAAGUUUAAGGCCCACAAAAGGUGCGCCGUGCGUGCGAACAGUACGUGUAAGUGGACCACGCUGGCAGCAGUGGGAAAAGAUAUCAUCGAGGAUGAGGAUGGGGCCAUCUCGAUGCCCCACCAGUGGUUGGAAGGGAACCUCCCAGUGAGUGCCAAAUGUGUAGUUUGUGAUAAAACAUGUGGCAGUGUCCUCAGGUUACAAGACUGGAGAUGUCUCUGGUGUAAAGCUAUGGUCCAUACCUCUUGUCGGGAGACGUACCCCAAGCGAUGCCCCCUAGGGCAGUGUCGUGUGUCUAUUUUGCCGCCAAUAGCCAUUAACAACAUAGACUCGGAUGGCUACUGGGAGGCCAUGAGACCCCCAGGGACCAGCCCCCUACUUGUGUUCAUUAACUCUAAAAGUGGGGACAACCAGGGGGUGAAGUUCUUGCGACGGUUCAAGCAGUUGCUGAAUCCUGCUCAGGUGUUUGAUCUCAUGAAUGGAGGGCCAAAAGUGGGUCUUCGUCUAUUCCAAAAUUUUGACCCAUUCCGCAUCCUGGUAUGUGGUGGUGACGGCAGCAUGGGCUGGGUGCUGUCGGAAAUAGACAAGAUGGAGCUUCACAAACAGUGUCAGGUUGGAGUGCUCCCCCUGGGUACAGGCAAUGACUUGGCCCGUGUGUUGGGAUGGGGCGGUGCCCUGGAUGACGACACACAGCUCCCGGCCGUGCUGGAGAAACUCGAACACUCUCAGAUUAAAAUGCUGGAUCGCUGGUCAAUCAUGACUUAUGAGGCCUCCAUGCCGCCUCCAAGGUCGUUACUGAUGCAGGCAGACCCUAUCUCAGUGUACGAAGACUCCGUGGCCAAUCAUUUAUCUAAAAUACUGCAUUCCGAUGACCACGGGGUUGUCAUUCACUCUGCCAAAGUCCUGUGUCAGACAGUGAAGGACUUUGUAGCCACAGUGGGCAAGGCAUACGAUGACCAUGAAGAAGGUGAAGACUCUAUCUCUAACAAGUGUACAAUAUUGAAUGAAAAACUGAAUUCCUUGCUACAAACUUUAAAUGAGGAAGCCGCGGCCAGUGAGUCACAGUCCAAGCACAAAAAAUCUCAACAGUCCUCUCAUGUGACCUCCCAUUUGACCUCCCAUGUGACCUCUGACCCAAGCUGUGAUACAGAGGACCCGGAACAUUUGGAGCAAGACAUUGUACCAGAGGGAAUCACAAAACCAAAGAAUAUCAAAUCAGCUAUUUUCAAGCCUCGUGACGCACUGAUGUCUAGAGCAAACAGCUUGAAGAAGGCCAUUAGACAAAUCAUUGAACACACAGAGAGAGCUGUUGAUGAGCAGAAUGAACAAACAAAAGUCAUGGAGGAGAAGCUGGCCCACCUGACAAUCACCCCCCCAUCGCCUAUGCACAUCUCUGACCUGGCACAUUUAGCAGCAGACAAUCGUGGUCGCACCUCGUCGACGGGGUCACGCACAUCCCAGUCCCAGUCUAUGAUGAACCUCUCAGUUCCGCCUAAAUAUUCCCCAGCUGUCUCGCCAAAACUGAGCCGGUCACCUGGUGCAGCAAAGAAAAGAAUUGAGUCUUCUAAAUCCCCCUCCAUGGCCUCGAGGCGAAUUAGCUCUAUGAGCACCUUUAACCGGUCCGCUAGUCUGGGCUCAAACCUGUGCACGCGCGACCGCAGCCCAGAGAGUUCUCCACUACCCUUACCUACUCUGGGUGCACCUGUCUUUCCUAUGCUCCCAAGUCUCAGUAGUGGUAUUGCCAGCAGUCUGGCUGGUGGCUCCUUCAUCAGUAAAGUGUUGCUGGCCAACGCUGACGCCCUGUGUGCUGCUGCCUCUCCACUAAUGGAGGAAGAGAUCUCACUGGAGGAAUAUACUGAAAAGUGUGUGAUGAAUAAUUACUUUGGUAUUGGACUGGAUGCUAAGAUUACUCUGGAGUUUCACAUCAAACGAGAAGAACACCCAGAGAAGUGCAGAAGUCGCACCAAGAACAUCAUGUGGUACGGGGUUCUAGGGGGUAAGGAAAUUUUGUCAAAGACCUUCAAGAAUCUGGAGCAGCGUGUCCAGCUCGAGUGUGACGGACAGCGUAUACCUCUACCUAGUCUGCAGGGAAUAGUGGUGCUCAACAUUCCAAGUUAUAUGGGUGGUGCAAACUUUUGGGGUGGAACCAAAGAAGAUGAUAACUUCAGCGCCCCAUCCUUUGAUGACAAAAUCCUGGAAGUAGUCGCAGUAUUUGGCUCUAUGCAAAUGGCGGUCUCCAAAGUGAUCAACUUGCAGCAUCACAGAAUAGCACAGUGCCGGACAGUGAAAGUGACCAUCAUGGGGGACGAGGGGGUCCCAGUCCAGGUGGACGGCGAGGCGUGGGUUCAACCCCCUGGGUACAUCAAGUUCACUCACAAGAACAGAGCUCAGAUGCUCACAUGGAGUAGGUCCUUUGAGAGCACGCUGAAAUCAUGGUCUGAGAAGCAGAAAAGAGAAGAGAUUAUUCAGGAAAGCCAUUUCUCUCCUUACCUGACUGAGGAAGAAACCAACAUACUGCAGACCUUUGUGGAGGCCACAGCAAAUGUCAUCAGAAGUGUAAAGAUAGCCUCUAUAUGUCACAGUUCUGUAGAACAAGAGCUCUACCACCUGGCCACCCAGGCAUCCGGUUUCCUUGACAGACUCUAUCCUGCAGGAAAACUGGCAGAGCCGGAUCGUGGGAUCAGUGAGGCUUUUCAGCCCACAAUCAGAAGUCAAGUGUCAGAUCUCGUCAGCAGCGUGCGACUACUGUGCCAAGAAACCAGCCUCUUUUUACAAGAGAAGGCAACUGAAUGUCGACUGCGGUCAGACAAUGCGGAAAGUCUGUCGAGCUCCGUGGCAGCAGUUGAAGUAGAGCUCAAGAGAGUGGUCGAAAUUGGAGGUCUGGCUCACUUCCAGGCUUUAGAAGAAGAGGUGCCACCAGAACAACACAAGACAAAGACCAAGACGGGAAUGUUUCGACUCUUUAAGAAAGGAGGGAAGUCAAAAGAGAAACCAAAUCUUUCAAUAGCACCUGUGUUAAAUGUCCAUGAGUGGGGUCCCGAGGAGGUGGCACAAUGGCUGAGCAGUGUGGGCCUCGGGGAGUACAAGGACAGCUUCAUCAGCCAUGACAUCCGCGGGAGAGAGCUCCUGACUCUGGAGCGAAGAGAUCUCAAGGAGCUAGGAGUCACCAAAGUGGGGCACCUGAAGAGGAUCCAGCAGGGGAUAAAGGACAUCAGUAACAGAAUGUCCUCGCUGGACAAACACGCCACUGUGUUAUGACAACUACUCAAGCCUCCGCUGCCACCCUGGUGGCUUACCCUGGGGGCACUGAAAGAGGAACAUUUUGAGCAAGAAGCGGAUGUGUAUUAUUAAUCCCACGAUUCCCACUGUUAAAAUCCCGGUGGCUUACCCUGGGGGCACUGAAAGAGGAACAUUUUGAGCAAGAGUCAGAUGUGUAUUUUUAAUCCCACUGUUGAAAUCCCAGUGGCUUACCCUGGGGGCACUGAAAGAGGAACAUUUUGAGCAAGAAGCAGAUGUGUAUUUUUAAUCCAACUGUUGAAAUCCCGGUGGCUUACCCUGGGGGCACUGAAAGAGGAACAUUUUGAGCAAGAAGCAGAUGUGUACUAUUAAUCCCACCGCUGCCACCAAUGUAGCAUAUUUCUUUGUACUCAUGGCACCAAAGCUAGCCAGUAUUUCACUCUUAACCCCUCAAAGCCACCUUGAUGGCUUACCGUUGGAGCAGCUAAAGAAAAGCUCUUUCAGUGCAGUAUAUUUUUGUGAACGGAGAUCAAUAUUUUCUUUUGAACUUCCAUCCAGGUGCUUUAGAUUGGGGACUCAGUCAAUCGAACCAUAAGAGUGAACAACACAGUUUAUAAGAUCCUCCUGUUGCCACCAGUGAACAUAUAAAAACCUUAAUUGAUGAUGAAUAUUUGUUUUUUUAUAACAUGUGACAGUGGUCCAAAGACUGAUGGCAUUGGAUUAAUAUGCAGCACAGCAUGGAGAGGAUUUAAUUUUGAAAACUAACAUGUGAGGGGCCAAUUCUUUCAGACACUGAUAGCUACCACUAUUGUAGCACAAGAUGAGGUGAUUGUGAACAGUUUGAUGUCGAGAAUGGGAGCAAUUAGUAGGUAAACCCCUUGGUAACCUGUAAGGGGCCAAUUUUUUUUUCUGACAGUGAUAGGUAUUGUAUUUAUUUUUAAUUUAGAGGAGGCAGAUUUGAAAGAGUUUGAUGUCAUAUAAGAAAUUGGAAGGGGGGUGAGCAUGGAGCACAAAGAGAAGAACAACUGGAAACUGAGAAUUGAAUAUGGAGUAAAAAAUGGAUGACGACCUAGGGACAUCUUCACUACUGAUUCUGGCAAACUGCUGCCAUGGUUAAAGCAUUGCCAAGUUGCUCAAUUGAACACGAGACCACAUCUUUUUAUAUCCCUAUAUUAUUUACAUGUAAGGUGGUCAGUUUGGUUCAAAAUUAGUUGGGCAAACUGCCUGCAGGAGGAUUUUGUUUGACUGAGCAGAAGCAUGUUACAGUUAGGCACCAACUGAAUUGUUGGCACCAACAUGUUACAGAAAAGGCACCAAUGGAAUUGUUGGCACCAACAUGUUACAGAAAAGGCACCAAUGGAAUUGUUGGCACCAACAUGUUACAGAAAAGGCACCAAUGGAAUUGUUGGCACCAACAUGUUACAGAAAAGG